CACUUGAUAUGCAUGCAAUGCGCUGCUGCGCAUCCUCAUAAUCAACGUCACUCCCAACAAAACGCGUGCCAUUUACGCAGAUUGGCUCCGCUCUAUCUGGAUCGUAUCCCUUUCCACGGUCGAAAACUUGGUGACCUCGUCCUUCGCCAUGGCUUCCCCCUCGGGACGCAACCUCUCAGACUCCUCCUAUACGUUGCCGUCCGACAGCGAGAACUACGAGGCCAACAAUGAGCUUCUACCCUCGCCCCCAUCCUCCUCCAGCUCUCCUCUGAUCCUGUACUCUCCGCCUACGGUGUGGGGCCUGGUACGCGGGGCUGCAAUCAACCUGAUACUUCCAUUUGUGAAUGGCUUGAUGCUUGGGUUUGGGGAGCUCUUUGCUCACGAGUUGGCAUUCAGGCUGGGAUGGUCGGGUACAAAGAUAUUUCCCACACACCGAGUCGCGUCGAGAAGUGUUGGUCCGGGUGUUGAGAUGGUAGAUGACCCUAUUGAACGACGACGAAGAAAUGGGCGGGAGAUGGAGGCGUACACGAGUCUGGAGUAGUAGCUUUUGAAAGUGACAAGACGCUUCUGCAAAUGUCACGGGAGUGAAUAUAGGCACUGGCUUCGGGAAUACAUAUGCGUGCUUUGGUCGCCUGUAAAUACAUGGAUUGAUCGGUGACGGCUGUACAGCAGACGUCGCGUUUGAAAGGAACAAUAAGAGGAAGCAUCUCUAGACCCGCAAACCUCCACCACACUAUUUAGCUCCCAAAUUUGGACAUGGACUUGAUCCUCGUUGCACGAUCUAGGUAUAAUUGAUAUGAUGAGCG